UAUAGCAGUAGUGGGAAUAUUUUGUCCAUGAGCUUUAUGUUGGGUUUUUUUUGUGUGUUUUGAGCUCUGUAUAUGUUGUUUCAUACGGAAAACAAAACAAAAAAAAACAUUUCACUUGUAAAGUUCUUAAAGAAUUGCAAUCACAGAGUUUAAUUUGUACAAACUAGCCGCAUUGCAAGAUUUGAAUGGUAGAUCUCCGCAUUGACCUUAGUUUCAAAUUUAAAGGUAGAAAUAUAAUUCGUUUUAACUUGUCCUUUAUGUUAACAAAACUGAGAGUGGAAACGGAUUUUCUUUUCCCUUCUUUGCCUGUCAGUGGAGUUUCGUGACACUCCAAAACAACUAAUUCACGAUAGACGUCUUACAUAUCGCUAGGCAGUGCUAAUCAACAGUGGUCUGAAAGCGAUUUUUCUGCGAUUGAUUUGAAGUACUAAGAUCACAGCGCACGCUGCAUAGGGAACCACAUGGUGCGCGUUUCAUCACGGCAGUCGCUGCGUUGUGUUCAGAGCCGUUUGGGAUUUCAUGAAUGUAAAAAUAAAACAACAACAACUAAGACAUACUUUGUAAAAAGACGGUAACUUCAUUAAGACUGCAAAAUGUCACAGCUACAAGCGAGGUUCUUCACAGAAAAUAAGAAGUAUGCAGUAGACGAAGUUCCCUUUUCAAUUCCUGCCUCUUCAGAAAUUUUGGAUCUGAGCAAUGUCAUCAACAAACUUUUGGAAGCUAAACAUGAGGAACACAAGCAUGUGGAGUUUGACUUCCUCAUCAAGGGCCAGUUCCUACGGAUGCCCCUUAUCAACCAUAUGGAGGCGGAGAACAUUUCAACGGAAGAUGUGGUUGAGAUUGAGUAUGUGGAAAAGUUCACUGCGCCCCAGCCAGAGGAGUGUAUGAUGCAUGAUGACUGGAUCAGCGCUGUGGAGGCUGAUGGGGAAUGGAUUUUAACCGGCUCCUAUGAUAAAACUGCGCGGAUCUGGUCUUUGGAGGGGAAGGCAGUGAUGACAGUGGCAGGACACACAGAGGUGGUGAAAGAUGUGGCCUGGAUUAAAAGAGAUGGCCUGUCCUCCCUUCUCCUCACGGCCUCCAUGGACCAGACCGUGAUCCUGUGGGAGUGGCAUUCGGAGAGGAACAAGGUGAAGGCCAGGCACUGCUGCAGGGGCCACGCGGGCAGUGUGGAGAGCAUCGCAGUGGACGCCACCAAGACUAAAUUUUGCAGUGGCUCCUGGGAUAAAAUGCUGAAGAUCUGGUCUGCAGUUCCUACUGAAGAGGAGGAUGAAAUUCCUGAGCCACCAGACCGACCACGAAAAAAGCAGAAGACUGAACAGACGGGCUUAACUAGGACACCAUCGAUGACCCUGUCAGGUCACAAUGAGGCCAUCUCGUCUGUCCUCUGGUCUGACACCGAGGAGAUCUGUAGUGCUUCAUGGGAUCACACCAUUAAAGUCUGGGAUGCAGAAACUGGAGGACUAAAAUCUACAUUGACAGGCAGCAAGGUAUUCAACUCUAUAUCGUACACCCCACUAUGCAAGAGACUGGCGUCUGGCAGCGCAGACAGACACAUCCGGCUGUGGGAUCCCCGUUCCAAAGAUGGCUCCCUGGUGCAGCUCUCUCUCACCUCUCACCAUGGCUGGGUUACUGCAGUGAAAUGGUCUCCAACACAUGAACAUCAGCUUGUUUCAGGGUCCUUGGACAAUGUUGUGAAGCUGUGGGACACAAGGAGCUGUAAAGCUCCCCUGUAUGACUUGGCGGCUCAUGAAGACAAGGUUCUCUGUGUGGACUGGACAGAAAGUGGGUUGCUUCUAAGUGGAGGGGCGGACAACAAACUCUACACCUACAAGUAUCAGGCAAGCACCUCAGACGAUGGAGCUUAACACAGCCUUUUCCUUUUGAUACCACCUUUUGGACUUGGACUGCUUUGGUUUUCAAAAUCAAACCCGCUGCCAACCCAGGAGGACCAGAAGACCCAAGAACAUUUUAACUGAGCGACUGAAUGGACCACGUGGGAGAUGUUCUUGAUCAAAUUCUUGUGUGGUUUUACUCUCGGUAUCCUUGAUUUCGUUCGAAGCUUGUACUGUUUAUUGGCUGUUUCACUUCCCUUUCAUUUUGCCAUUUUCAAAUGUGUUGGAAUGUUUCAAAAUGAAUAUAUACAAUCCAGUCGCAAUGCAAAUGCUACAU